AUGGCUGUUGAAUUGGACAGAAUGAUACAAGAAAACAAUUUGCUGAAGGAGGAAGUCAAGGAAGUCUCUAAUCUUAGAGUGGAUCGACUCAAUUAUGAGAAGCAAAUUGGAGACUUGAUGAAUAAGAUACAAUAGCUACUAGCUGAAAAUGACAUGCUAAAACGGGAUAAUGACAAAUUGAAGACACUCCUAAAUCAAGCUAAUUCAAGGAUUCAAUAGCUGGAGGGACAAGUUCAAGACUUCCAAUAGGAAAUACAGACAGUGUCCAAUAAGCUGGAAGACAUUACUGGGGGAGAUGGUGAUUUUGACAUUGAAGCAUUAAAAUAGAAGGCAGAGUUGUUGGAUAGCUUAGCUAAAGAUGGACAAUCAAUGGAGGAUCUAUCUGACUUGUUGGAUUCACUUAGAGAAAAAGCAGAAAAAUAUGAUCAUCAUUUAGAACUAUUAAAUGGAAGAGAUCUUGAAGAUAUUUUAAGUGAUCUCGAUGAAUUAGAAAAGCUGAGGAAAUUGGUUAAAGAUCUUUAAGCCAAAUUGAGUGAUAUGUAGAAGGAAUUAGAUGCAUUGAAGAAAAAGUCAAAGGAAUUAGAUGACAUGAAGAAGAAAUUGGGAGAUGACCCCAAUAAGGAGGUUGACAAAUUGAGAAAACAAUAAAAGGAUUAAGAAGAUCUCAAGAAGAAACUGGCUGACGCUUUGAAAGAAAUCGAAUAAUUAAAGAAAUUAUUGAAUGAUAAAACUGCUGAAUGCAAUAGGUUAGGUUAAUAGGUUGCUCAACUCACUUAAGAUAAUUAGGCUAAAGAUCAAAGAAUCUAGGAAUUGGAGAGAUAUGCACAACAAUACCAGGAAUUGCAAAUUAGAGUCAAUAAGUUGGAGUAGGAAUUAGAUAAUUUGUAACGACAAUUGAAGGAUAAAAAUCAAUAAUUAGAAGAUAAAACUAGAUUGAUUGAUAAUUUAAAUAGAGAGAUCUAAUAGUUGAAGGCUGAGUUAUAAAGAUUAAAGGAUUAGAUUGCCAAUUUGGAGAGAGAAAAAUAACAAUUAUUGCAGCAGUUGCAAUAGUUGCAAAAUCAACUUGCAUAAUUGUAAGACUUAUAAAGAAAUUCUUAAGCAUAAUUACAAUAAUUAAAUUCCAUUGCUAAUCAAAAUGAUGAUGAUAAGGAGAGAUAUGAACAAGAAAUAGAUGAAUUGAAAAAUGAAAUUGAAUCACUCAAAGAAGAAAUUGAAGAAUUGAAUGAUUAGAUAGCAAAAUUAAAGAGAAAGAUAUCAGAAUAGGAUGAUUAGAUUGAUUCAUAAACUAAAACUAUAUCUAAUAAGAUUGCAAGAAUCAAAGAAUUAGAAGAUCUAUUGAAUCAAAAAGAAAAAGCAAUCAAAGAACAAGAAAUUAAAAUUAAGAAAUAACCUGGUUCAAGUGUUGUUUCUGGUGGCAGAGGAGGACAAUCAGGAUAACCAGGAUAAGGUGGUUCUGAUGUUAACAACAAAUCUUUGGCUAAUUAAUUAUAAGGGGGAACUGGAUAACCAGGCAGUUAUGGAUCUAAAAGUGGUCUUGGAUAAGGGGAUGAAUCUUAAAGCACUGUGCUUUUGAGUCAAUAUUAAGAUGUUUUAUUGGCUUAUUUGUUGAUUGCAGCAGAGAAUGAAAGAAUUAGUGAGGCUCUAAAAAACACAAUUCAAGAUUAUGAACACGUAUUAGUUGACUUAAGAAAUGCUGAAGGAGAGAUCUCUUAUUUAAAGAAAUCUAUCUCAGAUUUGCAAGCUUCAAUUAAUGAUCUUCGAUUGCAAUUGGAUGAGGCAAGAAGAAAGGCUAUGAGCAAUGAUGAAUUAGAAAAAUUAAGAAGGUAAUUGAUAGACUAUGAAAACAAAAUAGCCUUGUUGUCAAUGGAAUUGUAGAGACAGAAGAAUGUCUCUGCUUCAGGAAUAUAAGUGAUGUCCUAACAAUUGUCUUAAUAAAAUACAUUUGGAUAUGAGGACAAAUAGAUCAAUUUAGAUUAAUAAUAAUUCAGGUCACAGAAAGGAUCAUAACGAAAUUUGAAUAUCAAUGGUGAUGAUGAAUCUUGGAGAUUACAGAAAAUCAUUGAAGAUUAAUUAUGUUUGAUAGUCCUUAUGUCAGCUGAACUCGAAACCUUAAGAUCAUAGGAGUAAUCUAAUCAAAAAUUGAGUUAAUCAGGAAUUCAAAGAUCAACGGUUUAAACUAGUUAGGUUUAGGUGGGCUACGGAAAAAGCACAUUAUAUUGA